ACAGCUGUUUCACAGUUCGAAAGGAAAUCCGUUUUAAAAAUUUAAGACAGUUAAAAUGCACUCAAAUUUUAAACAAUUAGUGACAAUUUCAUAGAGACACCCACUAAUCGCAUAACCAUGAAAAGAAAAAAGAGACUGCCGCAUGCAUAAGAGAAAGAAGAAGAAGAAAAAAAAUUACCUAAAAUUUUCAAAUGUUCGUAAUUUGUGAGCGUGUAAAUUAAUGUUUUACAAAUGAUCGAAUGGUGGUGAUUCUACUACUAUCGCCGCCGUCACCAACACCACAACCACCACAACACACAACAUCAGCAACAAGCAAUGGCUGUGAUGGAGGAUCGAACGAUAGCAGCACUGUAUCGACCACAUCGACCGGCGAUACCGUCAUACCCACCAUCUAUACCGUUAACAAGGCAAUACCACUGCCAAACGAAGCAACAUAUCAGCACUAUCAACCACCACAACCACCGGCGCCAACGGCAUUUGCACAUCAGGAGCACUACCUGUACCAACAGCAGCAACAGCAGCAGCAGCACCACCACCACCACCAUCAUCUCCUUACUCCCGCCGAGUACGCUCAGCAGCGACAACGUCAUCAUCGAGCGCCAUCGCUGCAUGGAAAAACGCCACAAGCGAAACCCCAGCCUAAAACAGCACAACAUUCUAGUCAUUUGCGUAGCGAGCGAAGUAGAAACGCCCACGAACGCGAUAGAUAUCCGAGCACUGUAGACGCUCAAGAUGCGACACGUCCAACACGAGGCAGCAUGGGUCGUAGUUACGAGGGACGCGCAAGAAAGAUGUCUGGCACAGCACAUACACCGAGAAUCAUUGUCUCACCACCACCGCCACCAUCUCCGCCAGCUCAGCGCAGUGUGGAGAAAGUUAAGAGCUCAAGAGCAGCAGUUGGUGCGCCGCGUGAACCCAAUACAACAGCCUCAACAAGACCAACAUCUACACCACCGCCUUUGCCUAAAAGCCAACCACCCUACAGUUCCUAUUACAGCUGUUGGUGUGGCGAACAGCAGGCUCAUCAACACGCUCACCAUUUGUGUACGAAUCCGUUACCAAAGCCACCGAGAAGUGGCGCCUUCCAUGCAAGUGCUGCCGCAUCGAGCACACCAGCUAACGCUGCGACUCGCAGAAGACCAAACGGGCGUAUGCCCGUCACGGCAACGUCCAAUGCACGUUGGUCUAUUCCUCCGUCACAAGAACCUGCCACUUCCACUUAUCAAUGGCGUCAGCAUAUUACGCCAACUCACUCGCUUCCUUCUUUUCCCCAUACUGAUUAUUAUGCUGCUAAAUUGCAUAAACAACAAUUGCCACCAGCCGCCAAUGCGAAUUACAACUUUAACAAUACUAACACCACUGAUUUUGUACGCCACGUGACACGUGUUAAUUUCUAUGAUGUCGUUACUUCGCAGGUCGAAUUCGAGCCCAAAGAUGAUAGUGAUGAAUGCGAUACGGAAGCUAUUACCAAAGAAGAAGAAUGGGUAACAAAAAAGAAAACAGAACUUACAACUACACGCCAAAUCGAGACACGCGUUAAGCGGCAAUUGGUGCUGGAAGAUGGCAAAGUUGUGGAGGAUUCAGGACCAAUUGUCUCAACGAAUACAACGGAAGAUACUGAUAAACAGGAAACGGAAACAACAGAGAAACGCGAUUUAGGUAUACCCAUCGAUGGCGUUGCGGUGGAGGCCAAUGGCGGUGCAUUAGAGGCGCCUCCUGACACCGUUGACGGCCAAAUGGCUCUGCAGCCAGCUGAUCAAGCAAAGAGUAUUAAGAAAAUGGUGCCACGCCCUUCUGACGGACUAGUGCGCGAGUCGAAUGAAAAGCGCGUGGUCUCACAUGAAGAAGUCAAGGAUUAUCUUGAAACGGAGGAUGUGCGGAACUUGGGAGAUUUCUCAGAUGAGACUUACGUGAAGGCAGUCAAUAGCGGCGUUGAGAAUCUACAAGAAGUUUUACUAGCAGCGGAAAAUCAUAAGCAACUUGUGCCAUUGGGUCCACGCAUUAUCGCCAAUACGACCAAGUCGUUUAAAACUAUCGAUUCGGAAGAUAUUGAGAAGCGUUGCCUACUGCAAGCUGAUGGUAAACUUGUUACAGAGAGCAAAAAAACAACUGAGCACGAAGUAAUUGUAGACCGUGAGCUGCCCGAAGAAGACGAUCAUUCAACGGGAAGUCGUGAGAAAAUCGAAACUGUGGAAGCUACACAGCGCCUCUACAAGCAACGUGACGAGCAAUACGUCGAUAAGGUUGUUGAUGGCAAAGUGGUUAAUACCGAAAUGAGAUACGCUGCCGAGACAAUGCAAAUCGAAAAGGAUGGCUCAUUGGAACGACCCGGCGAUUGGGAUAGCUUAUCGGAUCGUAUGCGAAAAUUGCGACGUCCGCAUCAGAAGAGUGCAUUGCAGCCGCAUAAGGCCACCCUACUGGCCGACCGCAAAGAUGCAUUGACUAAACGACCGCUGGACUUUGAUCGUGAGGAGGAAACACGUAAGGGUGAAACGAUUAAGUGGUUAGAAUCACAUUUCGGUAGUGAAUCGACUGCCUCAAAUGAUUCACGAGAAGAUGACGCAGUUGGCGGUGUUGUUGGUGGCGGCAGCGGCGACAUAGAACCAACCAAGAAAACGUUCUUCAAUGUUACAAUUAAAUCAAAUCAAACACAGGCACCGGCACCGACACCGCUGACCAACGGCCAAAGAGCGACCGCGAACAACACCUUUGAACGCAAGCAGCCGAAAGACCAUAUUUUGGAGGCACAUCCAAGUGGACCAGCCGGUCGUUCCAAGUACUAUCAGGGCAUUUCGAAUUGGACCGAACGCAAAGAGCCGCCUGUUAAUCACUUUGCCACAAAAGCAUUUCGCGAGGAUCUGCAAGAGACUGUCGAACGCAAUCGUUUGCGGCGUAGUGAGGUCCAUAAUGGACGAGAUAAACAGCAGGAGAAUCAUUAUUUGGUGGAGUCUAGUGACAACUAUGUAAGCCGCGAAGAUAUUCUGCAUCAGAAGCAGCGACAAAGUUUAUCAUCACAGUUUCUGGCAAAGACUAUUCGUAAUUCGCGUGACAGACUCGAUGAGUUGGACGUGCCGGCGUUGGGUACUGCAAAGACGAGUCGAGAAAUGGGUGUACGUCAUGUGAGCGGUUCACGUGGUGACCUUAGAUACAGUGGACUGAAUGUUGGAGGCGACUUGGAACACAACAAACGAACUUACGUGCCUACUAAGCAACAAAGUCAGGAGCGCGAUGUAGAAAUGCGACACUCCUCAGGGGUCGCACCUAGUCCAGUAAAAAAGUACGAGCUAGGCGAGUUACGUAGCCGUAGCUAUGAACGCACAUUGGACGAUACAACACGCGUAGGCUAUGAGUUACACAACUCGAAUUCACUCAAACCCAUGCUUGCGGAGCCACGUGCAAUUUCGCCCGAUCGCGAGCAAUUUCAAACCAGCACAUUAGGUCGACCUACGGUGCCACAACGUCGACGCGCUAUCGAGAAAAAGCUACGGCAGCAACAUAGCGCCUCACCGCCACCGCCACACAAAGUGCCAUUAGAGCGUCAACAUGCGCAUAGCCAACGAAAUCUGUUGGAACCGCCGCCUGAUUACUCACCACCGCCGCGCAGUCGCUCCUCAUCGCCGCAGGUGGAAUAUGUGAAUGGUGUGCGUAAUCAUCGCAACUAUCGUAACAACGUCGCUGAUAGUACAACCAUCAGCUAUGGACCACCCAAUCAGGCGUAUGUGCAGAGCAGCACGCUGACACGAAAGCAAAAUCAACGCACACGAUUCGCGCCAACAACGCCACACGAGCAUCCACACUCGCAAGCCUUUUUGCGUCCUGUCAUGGCGACACAAACAACGCAAACAACAGCCUCCACUAUUUCCAACUCGACCGUCGCCUCACACAAGUCAAGCAGAAUGGGUCAAGUGAUAGGAAAUUCGUUGCGCAAGCUCGUCAAUAAGAUACGGUCGGCAAGCGCAGAACGUAAAAUGCGCAUGAAGUCGCGCAGUAAGUCCCGUGAACAGUCGCCAUCACCACAAGCCAUCGAUAAGAUGGGCGGCCAACAAACCACCUAUCAGCAAUAUAAUCUCAUAGACAGUCAUAUUGGCGGUCAGGGAGGCAGUAAUGAGUCCGAGUUGGAGAGCAUGCCAAACGAAACGACACAGACGCAUAAAAGCUAUGGGCAUGCGACGCCUUUGGAGCGCAAUGGGCAACCGCCAACACAACUUAAGCGUGCCAAUUCAGCAGAUCCUUACGCUAACGAGCGAGAGACGGGCGAACGUGGACCGAGUCCUAGGCAGCGUUACUACUUGGGUGAAGAUCCAUACUCGAGCACUUUGUAUGGCAAGGAAAAUAUGUACGGGCCAGGGUCUGUGGGGAAACGUAAAACUUUAGCUGGACGAGAGAGUGCAGAUCCAGGAUAUGUGGGCAGGCUUGAGCGGACAAAUCGCGAGGCAAGUGCGGCGACGAACCGGCGUGAUGAAGGGGACUACUACAAGCAGAGAAACGUUACGACCAGCACCUUGGGCCGAUAUCAACGCACAGGUCAAAACUUCGCUGCUUCAACGCCCAAUUUAAAUCAGGACUAUCGCACUACGCAAACAUUGCCACGCAAAUUGCAGGAUCAUCAUCAGCAGCAACCGCACCAACAGCCACAUACUCAGCCCUCGCAUGCCGCGCAAUCGUCUGGCUAUCACAGAUCUGGGCAACGUCUGGUAUCAAGCGGCUAUAGCACUCUGGGACAUCCUGAGCAACGAGCACAAUACCAACAACAACAACACCAGCAGCAGCAGCAGCAACAGCAACAAGAACAGCAGCAAAGAAUGCAACAACAACACACAACCACUGUAACGGCCGUUGGUCCAGCAAAACCUGCACGCACCUACGCCAAAGCGCUCAAUCGCAGCAAAAGCUUCAACGUCCAUGCCAUGAAUGGCAGUCACGACCCCAGUCCCAUUUACAUUGAAAAGCUAACAAAAAAUAAUUACACCAACAACUACAACAGUCACAAUACAAGUAACCUGUACGCCAGUCAAGCCUACAAAUCGAACCCGCACCUCUACAGCGGUCCGUCAAAGGAAAAUUCGUUGCAGAGUGGACUGAAAAGCCCCUCAAUUGUGAAUUUAAUUAGCCGCAGUCAAAAGGAUUUAACUAAAAUUGAUAGCUUAGAGGGAGAGCAUGUCGAUACGUUGGAUAAGAAGCAAGCAUUUAUGCGCGGAUUGCAUCAACAAGCGCCAGAUUUGUAUAAGACGUUGCAUGGCGAUGAAAGUUACCGUCACAGCAGCACGCCCAACAAAUACCACCAGCUGCGCCACUCCACAUCGCUGGAGCCACGUUCGCCCAUUGAGAUUAACAAGGAUACGGCGAGCAUAGUGCGUAGAGACAGCUCGAGUAAUGACGGGUAUGUGCUGAAUACGUAUAGCAAUAAAACAACAAUGGAGAGUGCAACUGCCAAUAGACGAAUACUCUAUAAGGAUGAGCAAAGGCGUCGUACACCAGGUGGUGCCACAAUAAUAUCCGUACGUAAUGUGGAAGGUGAUAAAUAAUUGAAUGAUCAAAGGGGAUAGUGGAAAUGAGAAAAUUGCAAAGUCAGCUAGACAAUACUUACAAAAUGUAAAUACAAACAUACAUAUUAGGCGAUAGGAUAAUGCAAAAGAAGAACUCCAGCGCACUAGUUAGAUGAAAAAUCGCGUAUCCAAAAAGGCUUAACUUUCAUUUGACGGGACGCAAAUAAAAAUUGGAAGCCUAUAAAUAUAUGUAACUCUGCACCAGAAGGAGGGGGACUAUGCACCAACUCUUGCACCCAACAAUAGCAAUAAAGAGCACAAAUCGUUACUCAUAUAGUUGAUAAGCACUAUAAGGCCAACCGACAGCACUCUAUUUGUAUAUUGUUUGUGGCAGUUAGCCGCUUCUAUGGCGCUCCAUUUGAAGUGUAUUUCAGAGUUUGAUAAUAGCUUUAGUAUUAAGUAGAAAUUAGCGUUAAAUUUACAGAAUGCUAUGAAUUUGAUGAGGAAAUCAAGAAGCAGACAGAAAAUGUUCUAUAGCUGUGGACUUUUGCCAAAACCACUUAUUUGGUUUGCGAAGGUUCGCUUUUUGUUGGAAAACUUUGUGAGUUUCUAUACAAAAAUUUUAUAAAUUUUAUUUCAGGGGCCGUAUUAUGAUGUUUAUCAUAGGAAUCCAUAAUUCAACCGUUAAAAUUGGAUAUCUGUGUUACCUAUCAAAUUUAACCGUUAUUUUAUUUUUUCGAUUUAAAACGAUUAUUUUUGUAUUGAAAAAAAAUACGAUUCAACGAUUAUAUUUGACCGAAAAAAUAUGUAUCGAAAUUUAACGAUUAUUCUCAAUCGUUAAAAUAAAAAUUAAAAAACGAUUUUGAAAUGAUCUUACAAAUGUCAUGGUAUUUAACGGUUAUUUUCAGUCCCUGUUUUAUUCAGCUUUUAUACAAAAAAAUGCAUCUUCUUCCACACCUGUGAUUACUUCAGAGUGAAAACUGUGCUUGGGAUCCCAACGAUUUAAAACGAAUAUAAGCAAAAAUGCGCGAGCACUUAAGUAGUUUUGUCAAAUUCCCACAGAUAUACAUAUACAUAUUAUCCGACGUAAAUGUUAAAUAUUAAUUAUGUUUAAAUUGGAAAAAAAUUUAGUUAUCUCAAAUGUACGUUUAUUAAAUUAAGCCAAAAAAAAAAUCCUGCAACGCGACCGUAAGCUGACACAAAAUUGAGAAUUUGGUACAGUAAUGAUAUUCCAUAAAUCUCUCCCCUACUUAAAAAACUAAUUUGUUCUCCUUUGAGGCCAAUACAAUUUUCUAGGAUCAAUCAAAAAUUCCGAAUACAUUGGUUAUACGCCCUUUAGGUAUUAUGCAGACUCAGAUUCUUUGAAUUCCUAAAUUAGUCCUUUUUUAAUCGACUUUAUUUAGCUUGCCCUGUUUGUGGCAAAUCUUGUAAUUGAAAAAAGGACAAUUUAGGAAUUUAAUGAAUCUGAAUCUGCAUUAUACUUAACGGGCAUAUAAUCAAUAUAUUCUUAUAGUUUCGAAGAUUUUCUUUGAUCCUAGAAUAGUAUAUUUACCUUAAAAGAGAAAAAAAUCUUUUUCUUUGCGUGUUAUUUCUAUGGGAAAAAUUAAAAAAAAAAAAAUUAUGCGUCACCUCUUAGAAUUAUCGUAGCGGGAGGAAAUUAAUGAAGGAUCGUUACUAUAUUAAAUAUUAAAAUUUGAGACAGUUUCCGGUCGCAUUGCAAGAUUUUUUUUUUUUUGCUUGGUCUAACGAAUAUGUACCACAUAUGUACACAAUGUCCAGCAACAUUUUAUUUUAUCCAUUUUCAAAAAGUUAAAGAAAUAUCGAAUUCCACUGUGUAUUUCUAUUCAAUUCAAUUAGCCAAAUUGCAUUUUGGCAAUUAAGCUUCAGUUUAAGUGUUUCCAUCUUAAAUUUACCUAUUUUUUAUGAUUAUUAAAUACAUACCAUAGUAUAUAAGUA